UGACAUUGACAACUGACACAACAAAUAACAAAUGAUUUAAUAACCUAAAAAAAAAUAGAUAAUAAUUUGCAUUUAUAAAUCAAAAGCGGUAUUUUCUGAGAAAAUAAAUCAAAAUAAGAUACUUAAACUAGUUAAUGUAAUUUACGGUUAACGUAUGUUGAUAGAGAAUUCAAUUAGUAUCUAAUAUCGAAAAUAAUUAGCUAAGAAAAUGUUGAGUAAUAGCGUGAAGCGGCUUUUCGUGCGGCAAAUUAAAAGCAGCAUCAGAACAACAAGUGUUCGUUCACUAAGUGCUGCAGAUGAUGUGACCAUUCUGACAAAACCGUCUGAGAAUAUUAAGGGAGACUAUGAUGUUAUUAUUGCCGGCGGCGGAAUGGUUGGGUGCACCCUCGCCUGUGCCAUGGCCAAAGAUUCAAUUCUAUCAAACUUAAAAGUAUUGCUUCUGGAGGGAGGUCCAGACAAAGAGUACAAAUGGAAGCCGGAGUACAGCAACAGAGUGGUGGCCCUGAACCAGAACACAAAGGCUCUGAUGACAUCACUCGAUGUGUGGAAACGUGUUGAGAAGAUGAGGUUGCAGCCUGUCAGAUAUAUGCAAGUGUGGGAUGCCUCAUCAGACGCAAUGAUAUCAUUCAGCAGCUCAGAGCUACUUGAUGAUGAUGUUGCCUACAUUGUGGAGAAUGAUAUCUUGCUGCAUGCGGUCAACACCGAGUUGACAUCAACUGACAACAAUGUUAAAAUAGUUUAUGAUGCUAAGAUCGCCGGCUAUCAACUACCCAAACAAGAUAAUUCCACAGUUAAAAGUUAUGUUCAAAUGUCUAAUGGCGACACAUACACUUGUCAACUCUUGAUCGGCGCAGAUGGUGCCAACUCAGCGGUCCGUCGAGCAAUGGGGGUGCAAUAUCUAUCGUGGAACUAUGACCAAAUGGGUGUUGUAGCCACACUUAAUUUGGCUGAGGAAUAUACAAACACCACAGCUUGGCAGCGCUGGAUUCCUACAGGUCCCAUUGCCAUCCUCCCACUAGACUCAAAGCGAAGCUCCCUGGUGUGGAGUACUUGGCAGGACCACGCUAAACAGCUGCUGAAACUUCCAGAAGAUCAAUUCGUUGAUGCGCUGAAUGAUGCACUGUGGAAACAAUACCCGCGCAGUGGUAGCGUGGAGACGGUUACUUCGUUCGUGAGCAGCUGGCUGCGGCGCGCGGGGCUACCUGACGGGGCAGCGCGGCAGCUGCCUCCCUCUAUUCGCAGCAUCAGUCCUAACUCCCGCGCCGCCUUCCCUCUGGCCUUCGGACAUAGCACGAGAUACAUCGCCCCUGGCGUCGUACUUAUUGGAGACGCGGCACAUCGAGUACAUCCGUUGGCUGGUCAAGGAGUCAACCUCGGCUUCGGCGACGUCGCAGAUCUCACAAAGUUUUUGUCAAAUGCCAUGUACAGCGGUUUGGAUAUAACUCACACUGAUUGGAUGUCGAAAUACGAGAGCACCCGACAGCGACACAACGUACCGACACAGGUUAUGAUCGAGAUGUUGCAUCGACUGUACACCGUCGACUUGAUGCCCGUUGUAUUAGCUAGGAGCGUUGGCGUACAAAUCACCAACGCCCUACAACCUCUGAAGAAAAUGAUACUGUCUCAUGCAGCCACAUAAGCUAUUUGGUUUGAGUCACGGCGUAAUGGAGAUUGCUUCAAGGUUCAAUGUUUCAUAGAAGGUUACAAGCAAAGGCGGAGGCAUUGGAACCAUUUGUUGUAUUAUUAUUUAGUUUAAUAUAUUUAUGUUGAUUUUUA